AGUUCGAGGACUAUCGCUAUCUGCUUCCUACCAUGGCCGUUGUCAACGGGAGCCCCAAGCGAGGCAUAGUCUGUAAGAUUGACCAUGGCGACUUGGACGACCAGGACGACGGGGAAGGCGGCGACCAGGCCGCGAUGGCGGCGCGUAGAGAGCUCGUCCGCACGCUUAGAGGCAAGCACCACAUGCAACGCCGCUACUUCAGAUGCCGCUCUUUGAGAUGCCAUCAAAGUCGCCCACCGGGUGUACCAUGCAAGUGGACGUACACCGUGAUGGUGUGCUCAGUGUCAGGUCAAGUGUCGUUGGGUCAAAUCAAGAGCCACUUUUUCGCCGAGGACGACCUCGUGAUUCCACGGUCUCCGCGUGAGUUCCAGUUUGCCGAGCAAGUUGAGGCUUGGCUGACAGAUCAGGUCAUUAACUCGGCACGCCGCAAUGCACUCGAGCUCCAGAAGAUGCUUGUGACCAAGUUCAACCAGGCUUAUGACCUCAAGGAUAUCCAGCGCGUUUUGCGCCGUAUUCGCGACACAGUCGGCCCACCUCAUCGUCUACAACCGGCCGUGCCAGUUGACGACGAAGUGCCUCGUGGUCACAACCGCCCACUUCCGGCGCAGUCUUUCCCUGUGCUUCCACCUGCGUUGCUACUGCCGCCGCAUCCAAUAUCCCAGAUUGUGGACGAUGACCAUCAUCAAGAGCAGAUUCAGGACGACAUUGACAAUGGAAUCAACUACGAUGCGAACGACAUGGUCGUGUAUCAGGCACGGCGCGCGCUCGACCUCGACGGACACCCACCCGUACCUGACGCCUUGGUACCCAUGGCACUUGAGCCACAUGUGCGUGACGUCGUCGCUGCACUGCGCGAGCCGAUGCUUCCGCUCGGAGACGCGGACCACGAUCUUCGACUUGGCAACGCCCACGAUCUCCCACUUGGUGCCGCGAACCGCGUUCUCAGGCUUGGCAACACGGACCUUGACCUCGUCCCAAAAGACGACUUUGCUGGUCACCGAGCGUCGCCGCGUCGCAGCAUGCGGCAACCUGCGGCAAAACCUCUCAACGUCGUCCCUCGCGCUGACCAUCAAGCUGUCGUAA